GCAGCACGUCGGCCCUUUGCUCUGUUAAUCCCGUGAACACUCACUACGAUCUGCCUGUAUGCUCUGCUCUACUCUUGAGCUCUGAUGAUCCAACAAAUGAAUGACAGGACACCUCACUCUGAGAAGACACCAAAAUUCUGUCCGGGAUUAUAACACUGCUGUGAACGUCAUCAGAUCAGAGCCCAUUAAUUGUGUGCUGGGGCUCCACUGGACUCAGUUGGGCCAGUUGAGUAUGAGGUGCCAUGCCUGCACCGUGACUUUCCUCCUGCCUGUUGCUCUUUACCUCUGUCUGGCCCCUGUGUGUUGGGCUGCUGCGCUCCCUAGCUCCUGUGGCGUCAUUUACAAGAGCUUUGCUCAGUGUCUCCUCACUCUGGGGGACAGUCUGGGUGACACACAGAAAGAGCAGAGCACACAGGACAUUGACACAAUCUGCAGAUCAUGGGAUGCGUUCCAUGUGUGCGCAAAUGCGGCACUUGCCAGUUGUCCUGGAGACGCAGCGGCUGUGUGGGAGUCUCUGAGGCAAGAGUCCAGGAAGACCCAGUUUUCUGGAAACCUCUAUGACAUGUGUGCCAGCCGCACCACACUGGCACCCAAUACAGUGCCCGUGCCACCCUCCCAGAGGCCACCAACGUCAGACCAGACCAAUCAAGAAACUCUAAAAGGGUACACGCAUCACCUUGGACCCGCUUACACCACGCUUCUGCUCUCAGCAUGCAUCUCUCUACUGCUCCUGCUCAGGAUGUAGCCCUGGCCUCCCUCAGACUGCUAUAGGUUCUCUGUGAGCCUUGUGUUUAAAUGGACUGAGCAUCAAAUUAACCAACACACACUUGUAAACAAACCUCACUCCAACACACACACAAGCACACUCCAAAAUGCAUACCUCCUCCAACACGCAUCCACACACACGCAAGAAAACACUCCCAAGCGUUAUGGACAUCAUUAUUAUGCAUAUUAUGUAAAAUAGAGUUUCUAUGUCAACCUCUCUGUGCAAUUGUCUGUAUACCACCUAUCAUUUAUAAGAGGGAAGUACUGCCAUUACUGAUACAGAGUUGCUCUAUAAUCUACAUGUUGGGUGAACUCUGUUUUUAUAUGUGACAUGUGUAGUGGGUCAAUAUUUGAUACAUGUAUGUAUGCAUAUAUUAUAUAUACCUCACAUGCAACUUGUAAAUAAGACUAAGCAAUAAGCCCAUUAACUGAAUUAUCUGACUUCAGAAGAUAAAUAACAAUAUGAAAAAGACUAUAGUUAAACCAUGUGCAAUCAAGUAUCAUGCUGACUUAUAUCAAGGAACUGUCACGAGAAGUGAAUAUCAAAGCAAGUAUUACUUAAUAACUUUAUGCAAUGAAUGGAUUCACAUACAAGACAUUAAGCUUAAGUUACAAAGCAUUAGCAAGCAUUCUAGGCAUGGUCAGAGAGAGAGACAAAGAAACCAUAGCUUGAGCCAUGGCACAUAGCUCAUGGGAGAGGGAGAAAACAAGAAAGAAAGACGAAGUAUCUCACCAUCUCAUCGUAAGAGUUCACCUGUACAAAAUGUAUUUUACUCAGCCACCAGCUGACUAAGUCCCUAUAUUACCCAAUCAUUGAUUCUUGCAUUGUCUGUGUGGGCACUGGGCACGGAAUAGCCACCACACACAUUGUGCCUGUGGACUUAUUAUGUAAUGAUUCAUCAUAAUGUAAAAAUUAUAUCAGAAGCAGCACUUCACUUACAUGUUUGUCUUCAUAGUUUCAUGUGAGCUUGCUCAGAGCAGUUGCUUUAAGGGGUGCAUGCUUUGUUUCAUUAAAUUGUAAGAUGUGAAAUCAGACACACAUCUGAUUAAUCCAGACAGUUAGAUUGAAUAAUAAUUCAUGCAUUCAUUUGUAAUAAAAUAUAUUAACAAGAAUAUGUAUGGUGUAGCAUGUAACGUGCAAUGUGUGUGUAUCCUGUAUGUGUGUGUGUUUGUAAUCUUUGCUCUUAAAUCCUUUCAUAACAGAAGGUCAUGAGCAGAUCAAUUUAAUCUGUCUUUGUUCCUGCCCAGCAUCCCUCGAUGCACCCUGACAGCCCAUGUGUCAGAGUAGGGGAGGGAGGAGGGGUAUAGGGAGGAGGAAACAUGAAGAGAUGGUGAAUUAUGAUGUGAACAUGGUCAUGAACAGAAACAAAUAUUUAGAGAACAGUAGACAAUCCCAUUUGUGCAUGCGUGUGGCUAUGACGAGAGAGAUGAAGAGACAGGUGGAUAUAUUUUUUGUUAAUCCUCUUUUUGGUACCUUUAUUUAAAAGACCCAAUCUACUAAAAUCUAUUCUCUAGUCUCCCUGUGACCAGUAUUUGACCUGAGCACUUGGCCCUGAAAUCUCACCCCCAGUCCAGGGUAUAUUAAAUGAUAAAGAAGAGAUUCUAUGUGUUUUUGCAUUAGCAGUUCUGUAAUAAUACUACUACUAAAACUCGCAAAGACUUUGACAAAAUAAUUGUUCAUCAUCAUCAUCAUUAUUCUAUUUUCUAAACUUGUUUUUGUUUUUUAUGUUUUAUUUUCUGUAAGAAUGGGCCAGUCUAUUGCACAUAUGAGGUGCACAUUUGGUACUUAAGUGCCACCUAGUGGUAUAUUUUAAGUAUUUGCGUAACAAGCAAUGAGACAAAUUCCCCAUACUGUACUGUAAC